CAGACCUCUCUCAUUCAUAUCUGCACCCUCUCGCUUCGGACGGAUCCUCGCUCCGGUCAUCCAGAAACAGCUGCUUCAUGGGGCACACUCCGUCCGUCGGAAAAUGUCCCUCCCUUGGUUUCUAAGCGCAUUGGCAAAGUUGACAACACUAGGACCAGGGCUGUCGUUGUGCGUCUGCGAGCAGCGUCGGGGAACUGAGAUGGGUGUCACGGUGGCGGCGGCCCUACACGAGCCCCGAAGUCCGCAUCAGUGGAGCCGGAUAGUGGGACACUGGGUAUGGAUUGCAGUCUUGUCCUUUCUCGCCACCUUCCCGGUGCAACAACUUGGCGCUUUCCCGUCCUCUCUCAGCGACUGUCAGACUCCGACUGGAUGGAAUUGCUCGGGGGAUGAUGACCGGGACACAGAUCUCUUCCUUUGUGACACCAACACUUGCAAGUUUGAUGGCGAGUGUCUCAGAAUUGGGGACAUAAUAACAUGUAUAUGCAACUUCAAGUGCAACAAUGAUUAUGUUCCUGUGUGCGGCUCCAACAACGAAAACUAUGAAAACGAGUGUUUUCUGCGGAGAGACGCCUGCAAACAGCAGAGCGAGAUCCUGGUGGUCUCUGAAGGAUCCUGCCCAGCCGAUGCUGGUUCAGGAUCGGGAGAUGAAGCAGGGAACGAGGGUUCGGCGGAGAAUGGACAGAAGGAGACGUCCACAUGUGACAUUUGCCAGUUUGGGGCCGAGUGUGAUGUGGAUGCUGAAGAUGUCUGGUGCGUCUGUAACAUCGACUGCUCUCACAUCAGUUUUAACCCCGUGUGCGCGUCAGACGGCCGUUCCUAUGACAACCCCUGCCAGGUAAAAGAGGCGUCAUGUCAGCGGCAGGAACGAAUCGAGGUCAAAUUCCUCGGUCACUGUCAGGGCGACAUGAUUACAGGCACCAAAGCAGGGGAUGGACAGUAUGCCAGGACAGACUACACAGAGGAGAAGCCUGAGGUUUCAGAGGUGGCGAGAGGGCUGUACAUCCCCUGCCCUGAGCACUAUAAGAACUAUUGUGUUCACGGAGACUGUGAAUAUCCCAACAUGCUCUCAACACCGUCCUGCAGCUGUCACUCAGGAUUCAGCGGUCCACAGUGUGACACUAAAGAGUAUAAUGUGCUGUAUGUGGUGCCUGGCUCUGGAAAGCUCCGCUAUGUCCUCAUCGCAUCUGUUAUUGGGACUCUGCAGGUGGCCAUCAUAUGUGUAGUGGUGCUGUGUAUCACCCGGAAGUGCCCACGGACCAACAGAAUCAACCGACAGAAGCAGACCACAAUGCACUACAACUCUGAAAACACCCUGCGCGCCUCCACCCGCCUCAUUUGAGCCCGUGAGCAGAGAAUCAUGGGAAAUGUAGUUUGGACAGAGGACAGAAAAGAAGAAACUGGCUCUCCGUCCCCAUAAAGACACUGCAUUCUGCUGGAUGAUGGGACAGAGGGACGGAGGACGACGGUGCAGAUAUAAUGGAGGAUGAUGGGUUCUACACACGAUGCCUUGCACCUGUGGCACAGGACACAAAAAACAGAGAAUUUUAGGACGCCGUGAUAGGACAAGUCCUGUUAUUUGGUUAUGUAUGGGUAAUAUUUCCAAUAGUUAAUUUGUUUGUCUUGAUGGGGUCCUUUUUCUGUAAUGUAAAUAAAUAAUUUAUAUCACAAAGCACAGUGUCUUUUCUUUUUCCUUUUUCUUUUGAGGAUGCCGUGACUUUUAAAAGGUCUGACUUGAAGGUAAAUGGUCAGUUUCAGGUGUUUCUAGCGAGGGAAUUCAACCGUUUAUUUA